AUGGCCGUUUCCCACAGUAAAAUCCCAGUUGACAUUCGCAAACUGAUAGUGGAUCUGAGAAAUGAAGGCAAAAGCUUGUCCGAAAUCGCAGAUGUUGUGAAUCGACCACGAUCGUCUGUUCAAUAUGUGCUUCAGAACUUCAAGAAAACUAAUUCUUUGGAAACAACUCCUGGAAGAGGACGCAAGCCAAAGCUCACAGACCGUCACCAUCGCAUACUUCUGCGGGAAAUCAAACAAAAUCCAAAGUUGAGUGCUCCUAAGUUGGCUGCCAGCUUGUCACAAAACGCCAACAUCAAGAAGCCAUUCAUAUCAGCUAAAAAUAAGAAGAAGCGUCUGGAGUAUGCCCAGAAGUACGUGGUUAAACCAGAGGAGUUCUGGAAGUACCUGAUUUUUACGGAUGAGAGCAAGUUUAACAUUUUUGGGUCUGAUGGACAAGUUAGAGUGUGGCGUAAACCGAAUACCGAAUUGGAAUCAAAAAAUUUGCGACCAACAGUCAAGCAUGGUGGCGGUCAUGUUAUGUCACCCGAUCUCAAUCCGAUUGAGAAUUUGUGGGACCAUUUGGAGCGGAAGAUCCGUGAGCACCAGAUUCAGAACAAGAACCAGCUGAAGGAGCGAGUGCCAACCAUUAUAGACGGAUCGGAUUAUCUGGUCAUUAAUACAGAUGGAGCAUCACUGCGAUAA